AUGAAGUUCUUUAUCGAUGAUUUGCCGGUUCUGUUUCCCUACCCCAAAAUCUAUCCAGAACAGUAUCACUAUAUGUGUGAUCUUAAGAGAACUUUGGAUAGUGGAGGUAAUAGCAUUUUAGAAAUGCCUUCAGGUACUGGUAAGACUGUCUCCCUGUUGUCGUUGACGAUAGCAUACCAAAUGCACUAUCCAGAACAUAGAAAGAUUAUCUAUUGUUCACGUACCAUGUCAGAGAUUGAAAAGGCACUAGUAGAAUUGGAAAAUUUAAUGGAUUAUAGAACAAAGGAGUUAGGUUAUCGUGAAGAUUUCCGGGGGCUUGGAUUAACAUCUAGAAAGAAUUUAUGUCUGCAUCCUCAAGUCAGUAAGGAAAGAAAUGGUACUCUGGUGGAUGAAAAAUGUCGCCGUAUGACUAACGGUCAAGCUAAGCAUAAACAAGAAGCAGACCCUGAUGCAAAAGUGGAACUUUGUGACUACCAUGAAAAUCUUUACAACUAUCAGGUGGAAGAUUAUUUACCCAAGGGCGUUUUCUCAUUUGAGAAGCUCAUAAGGUAUUGUGAAGAGAGAACUCUAUGUCCCUAUUUUAUCGUUCGUAGAAUGAUCUCCCUCUGCAAUAUUAUUAUUUAUUCGUACCAUUAUCUUUUAGAUCCAAAGAUUGCUGAAAGAGUCUCUAAUGAGGUAUCCAAAGAUGGUAUCGUCAUCUUUGAUGAAGCGCAUAAUAUCGAUAACGUUUGCAUUGAAUCAUUAUCGCUUGAUUUAACUAAUGAUGUUUUGAAAAGGGCUACGAAGGGUGCAUAUGCAUUGGAAAAUAGAAUUGACGAGGUUAGACAAGUAGAUGCUCGAAGGUUACAGGAUGAAUACGAUAAAUUGGUUCAGGAUUUACAUGCCGCUGAUAUAUUAGACCAAGAGGAGGAGCCUGCAGUGGAAACUCCGGUUUUAUCUCAAGAUUUAAUUACUGAAGCUAUGCCUGGUAACAUUAGAAGAGCAGAACAUUUCGUAUCAUUUUUGAAAAGACUGAUAGAAUACUUAAAGACAAGAAUGAAGGUCUUGCACGUCAUUUCAGAAACACCUAAAUCAUUUUUGCAACAUUUAAAACAACUGACAUUCAUCGAUCGAAAACCUCUAAGAUUCUGUGCCGAGCGUCUAUCGCUUUUGGUAAGAACCCUAGAAGUUACCGAAAUCGAAGAUUUCACCGCUUUGAAGGAUAUUGCUACUUUUGCAACACUGAUAUCUACUUAUGAAAGUGGGUUCUUGUUGAUCAUUGAACCUUAUGAGAUUGAAAAUGCUGCGGUACCUAAUCCAAUCAUGAGAUUUACCUGUCUCGAUGCUUCCAUAGCUAUAAAACCUGUUUUUGAAAGAUUUUCAUCAGUAAUUAUCACAUCUGGUACCAUUUCACCAUUAGACAUGUAUCCAAGGAUGUUAAAUUUUGAUACGGUGUUACAAAAGUCAUAUGCAAUGACAUUGGCAAAGAAAUCAUUUUUGCCCAUGAUAGUAACAAAGGGGUCUGAUCAGGUUGCCAUCUCUUCAAGAUUUGAAAUUAGAAACGAUCCAAGUAUUGUUCGUAAUUAUGGUUCUAUGCUUGUGGAAUUUGCAAAAAUUACUCCUGAUGGUAUGGUGGUAUUCUUCCCCUCAUAUUUAUAUAUGGAAAGCAUUAUCUCCAUGUGGCAAACUAUGGGUAUAUUGGAUGAGGUCUGGAAAUAUAAACUAAUUCUUGUAGAAACUCCUGAUGCUCAAGAGACUUCGUUGGCUUUAGAGACUUAUAGAAAAGCUUGCUCGAAUGGUAGAGGUGCGAUAAUCCUAUCUGUUGCUCGUGGUAAAGUUUCAGAAGGUAUCGAUUUUGAUCAUCACUACGGUAGAACUGUGCUGAUGAUUGGUAUUCCAUUCCAAUACACGGAAUCCCGUAUUUUGAAAGCUAGGCUGGAGUUUUUAAGAGAAAACUAUCAAAUUAGGGAGAAUGAUUUUCUAUCCUUUGACGCAAUGCGUCAUGCAGCCCAGUGUCUAGGUAGAGUCUUAAGAGGUAAAGACGAUUACGGGGUUAUGAUUUUAGCAGAUCGUAGGUUUUCAAGAAAAAGAAAUCAAUUGCCAAAAUGGAUUUCACAAGGUUUGUCAGAUGCUGACUUAAAUCUUUCCACCGAUAUGGCAAUCGCCAACGCCAAACAAUUUUUGAGAACUAUGGCUCAAUCAACAGAUCCAAAGGAUCAAGAAGGUGUCUCUGUUUGGAGGCAUGAGGAAUUGAUUAAGUACCAGCAAGAAAAACAGGGCGCCCCUAAUAAUGGUACAGAUUUAAUGCAUAUGGAAGUGGACGUUGAGGGUUAG